CAUUCAGUUCUAGUCAAUUUGGUUUAAACAUUCAUUUUGAUCACCAAAAUGUCAAGCCUAAACAUCAAAGCUAUGUCAGAGUUGGAUCAUUUACUUGAACUUAGGCUUUCAAACAUUGAUGUCCACCAAGAAUCCAAGCCUGAACUCAACCUCCUUGAUCGCCCCAACAAGUCUCUUAUUUCUAAAGAGGAUGCCCCCAUAGAGAAGAAGGUGGAGGAGGAUAGGAUCUUUUGUUGCAACUACUGUAACAGGAAGUUCUCUAACUCCCAAGCUUUGGGAGGGCACCAAAAUGCUCAUAAAGGUGAGAGGGCAAUGUUAAAGAAGGACAAGUUUAGGGGCAAUCGGGGCAACUACUAUCCAUAUCCGCCAAUACCAAAAUUCCCACAUUAUGGGAAUUUAAAUGGGCUAAGAGGGUUCUCUCAAAUGCAUUCCAUGAUGAAUAGACCCUAUUAUGCCAUGACGAAUAACCUUGAUUAUGUUAGACCUACGAUUGGAUCAUAUGGUUAUGGUAUCAAUAGUAGCCCGUUUGGUAUAUCUAGAAUGCAAAACUAUUGGGAGAUGCAAAGGCCUCAAAUUGCAACCUUUAAUGGUACACCAGUCACUUCAUCUCCAUUCAUAGCCUUUGCAAAUGCUAGAAGUUUUCACAACAAAAUUAGAGGAAUCAACAAUUAUUUGCUGACAAAUUUGCAGGAGUGAUAUACUGCACCAUGCUUGUCCUCCGAUCUUUGAAUUUUAGCUUUUAUUUCAUGUUUAAUUAAGUUGCAUUAAUAUG